UCCGCAGGAAGAGGAAGCGGCACGGUCGUCGCCUCUCGGAUCGCCCCGUCCGUCUCCCAGGUCCCCCGGCCUCCACCAUGUCCGCCUCAGCAGUUUUCAUUCUUGACGUCAAGGGCAAGCCCCUGAUCAGCCGCAACUAUAAGGGCGAUGUGGCCAUGAGCGAGAUUGACCAUUUCAUGCCUCUGCUUAUGCAACGGGAGGAGGAGGGUGCCCUGGCACCACUACUGAGCCAUGGCCGGGUCCACUUCCUGUGGAUCAAACACAGUAACCUCUACUUGGUGGCCACCACACUGAAGAAUGCCAAUGCCUCCAUGGUAUACUCCUUCCUYUACAAGACUGUGGAGGUCUUCUGUGAAUACUUCAAGGAGCUGGAGGAGGAGAGCAUCCGUGACAACUUUGUCAUUGUCUAUGAGCUGCUGGAUGAGCUCAUGGACUUUGGUUUCCCACAGACCACGGACAGCAAGAUCCUACAGGAGUACAUCACGCAGCAGGGCAACAAACUGGAGACUGGCAAGUCACGGGUGCCACCCACGGUAACGAACGCSGUGUCUUGGCGCUCUGAGGGCAUCAAGUACAAGAAGAAUGAGGUCUUCAUUGAUGUCAUCGAGUCUGUCAACCUACUGGUCAACGCCAAUGGCAGUGUCCUGCUGAGUGAGAUCGUGGGAACCAUCAAGCUCAAGGUGUUUCUGUCCGGAAUGCCUGAGCUGCGGCUUGGCCUCAAUGACCGCGUGCUCUUUGAGCUCACUGGCCUUUCAGGCAGCAAGAACAAGUCCGUGGAGCUGGAGGAUGUCAAAUUCCACCAGUGUGUGCGCCUCUCGCGCUUUGACAAUGACCGCACCAUCUCCUUUAUCCCCCCUGAUGGUGACUUUGAGCUUAUGUCCUACCGCCUCAGCACCCAGGUCAAGCCACUGAUAUGGAUUGAAUCUGUCAUUGAGAAGUUCUCCCAYAGCCGAGUGGAGAUCAUGGUCAAGGCCAAGGGCCAGUUUAAGAAGCAGUCAGUGGCAAACGGCGUGGAGAUAUCUGUCCCUGUACCCAGUGAUGCUGACUCUCCACGCUUCAAGACCAGCGUGGGCAGUGCCAAGUAUGUGCCAGAAAAGAAUGUCGUUAUUUGGAGUAUCAAGUCCUUCCCAGGGGGCAAGGAGUACCUGAUGCGAGCCCACUUUGGCCUCCCCAGCGUGGAAAAGGAAGAGGUAGAUGGCCGGCCCCCCAUUGGGGUCAAGUUUGAGAUUCCCUACUUCACCGUCUCUGGCAUCCAGGUCCGUUACAUGAAGAUCAUUGAGAAAAGCGGUUACCAGGCCCUGCCCUGGGUUCGUUAUAUCACCCAGAGUGGCGAUUAUCAACUUCGUACCAGCUAG